AUGGAUCAAGAAACAUUAGAUACUGAAUAUGAUGUCAUCGUUUUAGGUACAGGUUUAACCGAAUGUAUCUUAUCAGGCUUACUAUCUGUUGAUGGUAAAAAAGUUUUACAUAUUGAUAAGCAAGACCAUUAUGGUGGUGAAGCUGCUUCUUUGAAUCUAUCACAAUUAUACGCUAAACUUAAAGAUGGUCAAAUUUCAAAAGAAGAAAGAGAAAAUAAGUUCGGUAAGGAUAGAGAUUGGAGUGUUGAUUUAAUUCCUAAAUUCUUGAUGGCAAAUGGUGAAUUGACUAAUAUCUUGGUUCAUACUGAUGUCACUAGAUAUGUUGAUUUCAAACAAAUCUCAGGUUCUUAUGUUUUUAAGAAUGGUAAAAUUUAUAAAGUUCCUGCUAAUGAAAUGGAAGCUAUUUCAUCACCAUUGAUGGGUAUUUUUGAAAAACGUAGAAUGAAGAAGUUCUUAGAAUGGAUAGCAAAUUAUAAAGAAGAUGAAAUUAAAACCCAUCAAGGCUUAGAUUUAGAUAAAAAUACCAUGGAUGAAGUUUAUUAUAAAUUUGGUUUGGGUAAUUCUACCAAGGAAUUCAUAGGCCACGCAAUGGCUUUAUGGACUAAUGAUGAUUAUAUCAAUCAACCAGCAAGACCAACUUUUGAAAGAAUUCUACUAUAUUCUCAAAGUGUUGCCCGUUAUGGUAAGUCUCCUUAUCUAUAUCCACUAUAUGGUUUAGGGGAAUUACCUCAAGGUUUCGCUCGUUUAUCAGCAAUUUAUGGUGGUACAUAUAUGUUGGAUACACCAAUUGAUGAAGUUGAAUACACAGAUGAUAAGAAGUUUAAAGCUGUGAAAACUAAGUUAGGCACAUUUACCGCCCCACUUGUUAUCGCUGACCCUACAUAUUUCCCAGAUAAAUGUCGUCCAAGCGGCCAAAAAGUUAUCAGAGCCAUUUGCGUUCUAGACCAUCCAAUUUCUGGUACAGCUGAUGCAGAUUCAUUACAAAUUAUCAUUCCACAAAGUCAAGUUGGCAGGAAGAAUGAUAUUUAUGUUGCCGUAGUUUCUGACGCGCAUAAUAUUUGUGCCAAGGGUCAUUAUUUAGCUAUUGUUUCUACAAUUAUUGAAACUGACACACCAUCAUUAGAGUUGGAUGCUGCAUUUAAAUUAUUGGGUAAUAUUGAAGAAAAAUUCAUCAAUGUGGUUGAAUUGUAUGAACCAGUAGAAGACGGAUCUAAGGACAACAUCUACAUUUCUAAAUCUUAUGACGCCUCAUCUCACUUCGAGUCUAUGACUGAUGAUGUCAAGGAUAUCUACUUCAGAGUCACUGGCCACCCAUUAGUAUUAAAACCUAGAGAUACUCAAGAAGAAUAA